AUGUUUCAGCUGAGGUCGUUUAUCCACCAGCGGCUGUACGCAGCAGCAGAGGAGAUCCUGGGAGAGGUGGAGAAGACCAUCACUUUAGCUCUGUACGAAGCCCAAACACAACGACUCAAAGAAGAGCCUGUUGGUGCUCCAGGUUUGUCUAAAAUCUCUGACCUGUGAAAUCCAGUCCAUGUUUGACUAUCGUAUGUGUUUUGUAUUUAAAAUAGACCUGAUCCAAAGUGGUUUUAAUCGAGAAAAAAAAGCAGUUAAAUCUUAUAAUUAAUGCAAAUGAAAUAUCCUUUAAAGCUCCUGUCAGGAGUUUUUGAUUGUUUACCAAACAGACUAAAGUAAUCAGUGACGCAUCUCUAUGAUGUACAAAAGUAAACACUACCAUUGUUGACAAGAUGAACCCUUUCUAUAUGGGAAUUUUUAAUGAUUGUAAGUUCUGUAAGCUGUAAGAAAAAAUCUCCUUUUUACUUUACCAACCGCAGAAUAUUCAUUAUGAAUCAUGAAUCUCACUAAAAAAAAAAGUCAAUCAGAGAAUAUCUUUGUCUAAUUGUCUUUGAAAAUUAAUUAAGGGUCAAACACACUGUAACACCAAGUUAGACACCCCCUCGAGAGAUGAAUGUUGCCGACCGCUUGUUUCUCUAGUUAUACUAACUUAAGUAAUGACCGCACGUUAGCAAUACAGAGAGCCACAUGCUCAACCAAAACGCCACUCUAUAGCCACAAAUAAUGCUCAGAACAGCACCUAACUUCAUCAACAGGACAUAUAGGGUCCCAGCCAUAGUACUAGCCACCAAGCAUCUUUUUAGUUUUACCUGAUUUCUUGUUUCACACAAUUUACUCUCUCUUCAAUCCAUUACAGACUACAGCGGGGUGACGCAGCUCAAGGAAGAAAACUGAGACGCUAAGGCAGGAGAACUACCACGUCUGCAGUGCAAAAUGAUUAAUACGGUGAUUAUUACUUCAAGAAAAUGAUAAAGAAAUGAUCAUAAAUGUUCUUCCUUGAGCUGCGUCACCCCGCUGUAGUCGAUGGCCUCGCCCGUAGGUCUCCGUACAAACAAGUGGCUGCUGGAAGAGAGUGGGUGAGUUGUGUGAAACAAGAAAUCAGGUGAAGCUACAAGAUGUUUGGUGGUUAGUGCCGUAGCUAAGACCCUAUAUGUCCUGUUGAUGAAGUUAGGUGCUGUUCUGAGCAUUAUUUGUGGCUAUAGAGUGGCGUUCUGGUUGAGCACGUGGCUCUCUGUAUUGCUAUCCUGCGGUCGUUACUAAAGUUGGUAUAACUAGAGAAGCAAACGGUCGGCAACAUUCAUCUCUUGACGGGGUGUCUGACUCGGUGUUACGGUGUGUUUGACCCUAAAUUAAUUUUAUGCCGGAAUAUCCCUUUAAAAGCUAAUUUCAUCUGUGGUCUUUACUGACCAUUUUGAAUGUGUUUCCAUUUGGUCAAAUCACAUUUAUGAGUUGGUUCGGUUUAAUCUCAAUUUUGUAACAUUCACCUCCAUCUUAUUCGUAUCUUCAGAACCUCAGCCCACCACUGCUGCUCCGACCGGCGUGGAGGAGCUUCAGGAGACCCCAGCCCAACCUCUGACGCAAGAUGAGGUCCAAGGCCCCUCUGAGACUCCUGAAGGAAGAGGCUUUGUCCAGAUUGAUUUGGGGUUAAAAGUGGAGCAGGAAGACCCUGCGGAGGAUGGCGAGAUACAGGAGGUUACUUUGUCUUCUGUUGAAGUUAUGAAAUCUGAGGUGGAAGUUUCUGACGAAGUGCCGCUUGUGUCUUCUGACUGCUGUGAAGCUGAGAUUGAGAACAACAGCAGCAAUGACGAGAAGGUGAAGAAUACAGGAGCGAAAAUGAACAUGAACACACAAAAGCCUGGGAGUCUCCUUGUUUGUCCUACGUGUGGAAAGAGUUUCCAUUACAUCCGUCCCCUCGUGAAGCACAUUAAAAGCCACAGAAAGACAAACGAGCCCACCAAAGAGCUGCUGAGUAAGCUGCAAGGAGCUUACCAACGGACUUUCAUUUGUGACUAUUGUGGAAAGAAGUUUACCUCAGCGGGUUGUCUCAAAACACAUUUCAAAAUACACACAGGGGUUCGAGACUUCAGGUGCCAAGACUGCGGGAAAACCUUCGUCCAAAAGGGGCACCUUACCGUACACAUACGGACCCAUUCAGGAGAGAGGCCGUUUUACUGUGAGAUUUGUGGAAGAGCUUUCAGCCAGAAGCAAAAUCUCUCAGUCCACGAGAUGAGGAUUCACAGGAGGGAGAGACUGAGGGUCACCAUCAGGAAUUGUAGGCAGAGUAAUUUUGCGUGCAAAGUAUGAGCAGAACGACUUUCUGCUCGGGUUUCUGCAGUGCUCAUGAAGCCAAGUUACUUUUCAUGAAUGAGACCCCGAGGAGACGAGUUCUCAGAAGUGUUUCCUUAAAAAGAUGCUGAUACGAGAGGAUUGUUUUGACAAAAGUUUGCACUUACAGAUUGCAUUUAGUGACCUCUUUGUGUACAUGAAUAAAGCCAUGAGUUUUAAAAGGCAGAAAUGCACCUCUGACUUUUGCAAAAGUGCUUGUUUAAAAACUAUAUGUUGAAAAGUGAUGCUAACGAAAAACUCUCAAGUUCUGUUAAAAUACUGUUGGAAGCAGAGCUGUGGGUUUGAUUGUUUUUUUUAAGGCUUCUUUCUUCAUCUUUGCAAGUUUUUGAUUUUUGUUCGUGUCACUUUGUAGCCUUGUGUGGUCCUCCCAUCAGCUCAGGGAGGAUAAUCACUCACAUUUUUAUCAAUAAAGCUCAUAUUUGAAGUGUGUGUCUCCCCCUUUCAUUUCUACUGCCACCAGCAGGUGGCAGUAGAAACAAGCAUGUCAUUUAGAUUGCUGGUCACAGGUGUUUCUAAGAGGAUAUGCUUUUUUGUGUUAUUGUCCAAUAUAGAGUCAUCCUUUAAGUUUCUUUAAUUCACUUCAUAUUUAAUUAGUAUUUUGUCACUGAUUUUUGUGUUUUCUGCAUCUUUAUAGUUGUUUUUGUCCCUGUUAAUUCAAUUUUAGUGUCUUUGUGUUAAUGUUUUGCAUCUUUUCAAACAUGUUUUAUGUCUUUUUGUACUUAUGUUUUUAAUAGUGGCUUGUGUCCCUUUUAGUUGUUUUAUGUCUCCCUGUAGUUUAUUAUAUCAUCUUUGUGUUAAUGUUUUUUGUCUUUUUGUGCGUAUUAUGUCUUUUGUAGUUGUUUUCUGGCUCUUUUGGGUAGUUUUAAAUCUCCAGGGAUGUUUCAUGAUGGUAUUUUUGUACCACUCUUAUUAGAUUUUUAGUUUCGCCCCUGUGAAUUUGCUCUGCUUUGGUGUUUUUUCCUCAAAUCUCUUUCCAGAUCAGAUCCUAGCGACCCCUUGGACCCCUGGACCUGGACCUGGUAGGCCCAUUAGAUGAUGAAAUAACUGGUUGACACUUAUUUUGAUUUAUAAGACUUUCACUGCGGGGUAUUACAGCUACAUUCCCAAGACUCUGAAGAUCCGUGUGCAUAAACCUGUCCAAAUGUCAGAUCAUGCAGGGUCAGGUUAUUACCUGCAUGCUGCAAAAAUGCUGCUGUCUGAAUAUGAGGAGGGAACAAGACUUAGUUCAACCCAAAAGGCAUCAUUUUGGACAAAUGUUUGACCUGCAUGAUGGAUGUUUACAUGCAAAACAAAAUGAAGUUUUAAAAGAGAGACAAAUUCAUUUAGUGGGAACUAUUUUCUACAAAUGUAAAGGUCCCAGUCCAGCUCAAACAUCCCCCUGCCUGUCCAUGUAAUCAAUGUUUUUAAAUGAGGAUUUUGUGUUUUGAAUAAGAGGCUUUUGAAUUCUUUUUUUCCAGGUCGCGCAAUUACAUAAGUCUGCGUACAGGACUGCGGUGUCAGAGUUGAGCUCAGUCUGUGUUUUGACGCUGCAGAGAGCACAGAGGAGGAGGAGGAGUCGCUCCCUCAACUGUUGGCCUCUCCUGUCUAAUCUGGAUUAGGGAUUGGUCCAGUCUGCGGCCAGGACACCAAUAAUCACAUUAUUCUUCUUUGGGUUGACGCCUCAUGAAGCGGGAGCGCUGCAGAGAUGGUUCACCGUCCGUCAGCAAGUCGCAGGAGCGUUGGAGUGAAACUGUCUUUUUCGUUGAGGGGAUCUCUUGUUGGAUUUUUGCAGCGAGGAUUAGAUUCAAUCUGAGCAAAGUUGGGUCGUAAUUGUUGCCUGUCUGCCUGCGGCUGGUGCGCAUCCCCGUGUGCAGCUCCCGUCUCUCUGCAGCAUCCAGACUGAGCCACUGCAGCCUGAGCUUCAAGCACGUUUCUGCACGAACCUCCACCGAGCAGCUGCUGGUCAAACAUGCCAGAAUUAGGUAAGCACAUUCCGGCUUCUUCUGCCUUUAUUUUGAAGGAUUGAUAAAGCAAACUGACCAUGCAACGAUUUGUUUCGCAUCUCUUCAUUUUGCACCCACUUCUGAUGAAGAAAAGUUUGAAGGGAGUAUUUUUACUGGGACGAUGUGCUUUUCUCCCGAUUCGAUUCGAUUCUUCUUUUUGGAUGCCAAUUCGAUUUAAAUUGCGAUUUUACGAUAUAGUCGAUAUUCAGUCUGCAUUUUUAAGACCUGUAAUCAUUCACACACCUUCACAAAUCUCUUUAAUAACAUUCCGUGACAUGCAAACAUACCUUUAUCUUAGCGUUUUUUCUCUUCUUCCUCUUUCUUUUCUCUGCUCCUGAAGGUAUUGUCCUUUUUGCGAGAUUAUUUUGCCCCACAACUACCUGCGCUUUGGAUGUUCAGUGCAUAUUGCACAGCAGAAGGCACAUAAUGGUAGCAGAUAACAAUCAUAGGCCUACAUCAGCAGCAGUACUAAAUUGUUUUUACUUUAUUUUAUUUUUACAAUAAUAUAUAUUUGAUCAUACAGAAAGCAUCACUCACAAAUGCAAAAAAAUGAAAAAAUAUUUUAUUUUAAUUUUUUCGUUGGUUGCUCUUGGGGGACUCCUAUUGGCUGCGGGGCCCUGAGCAGGCGCUUAGGCUAUUUUCACACUGCAGGUCAAUUCCGAUUUUUUAACCAUAUGCGACACAUAUCUGAUUUUUUCAUACAAGUGUGAACAGUGCAAUUCUGAUUUUUUUCAAAUCUGACCCAGGCCUCUUUUUUUAUGUGGAUAUAAAUCGGACAUGUGUCCGAUGUGACUGCAGUGUGGACGCUCAGGUCGGGUUCAUCCGACCUAUACGUCGUCAACAUGCGACAAACGUCACCAUUGUUCAACAACACAAACAGGCGCAGAAAGCAAUUUGUGCUUUGUGAGCAUACGGUCGCUUCACAAACGCAUUCCAUUCACAUUAGAUCCCGCAUUUGUUGUUGUGAUGUGAACGACCGCACAAAAAGAUCGGAUUUAACAAAAAAUCCGAAUUGUGCAUCAUAACCUGCAGUGUGAACGUAGCCUUAGUUCGCUUAUGCCUUGGGCCGGCUCUGACACAUCACAUGUGAGUCAGUUUUUAAGAUUAAUUCUUAAAUUUGAAAAAAUAAAAUAAAAUAAUUAAAAAAAAUUUACGUGAAAAUCGAUUUAAAAAUUGUAAAACAAUAAAAUCACGAUACUUACGUGAACUGAUUUUUUUUCUUCCACCCCUAAUUUUUAAUGCGGGAUGUUUCGCUCUCUGCACAGUCAGCCUUUUGUAACGAAGUUGUGCAUGUAAGCUCUGAAAACACUGAUCACAUGACACCCGGACAGUCCCAGACCCCCGUGCCAUAUGUGCCAAAUGUUCAUUUGAGGUACAGGAUGGUCUUUAAAUUAUCGUCCAGUCCCUCUUCAGGCUCCACGGACAGUCACAUAAUCCUAAAAUGUACCACAGGGAUUCUAGGAAAUUCAUUUUAGGAUGAAAGCAAAUAUGCUGCCAUCUCAUUUUUAUCCUCUCGGGUUUGUUUAAAAAAGAUGGAAAGGCCAAUAGGAGGGCAGAGAGGCAGGAUUUCAAUCUGGUGGUGACACUCUGGAUAAAAGUGGGAUUUUCAGCUGGUCAUGUUAUUUCAUCAUCUUUUAAUCCUCAUUUAUUAACCCCUGAAUAGACCUGCCCCAUUAUCAGCGGAUGCUCAGGUUUGAUCCAGCUUUCCCCGGCUCUGACAGAGGAAUAAUCGUGACUAUGCUGAGUUUGAUUUGAGCUCAAAAUUGAAUAUUGAUUACAUUUGUCUAUUACAACUUUCUAAAGAGUUGUCUCUUCUGUUUAUGCAGAAAGUAUGGUGGCCCUGAAGGUCAACCUCACCAAAUAUAAACACAAAAACAUUUCUCAGGAUGCUUUAUGAAAUGCAAAAAUGUUAUACAAAAUAUAAGUGUUCUGUCUAUUGUUUUGGCUUUUGGUGAAUUGAAUCCAAAAUCUUCUCUGAUUUUUAAUAACUGUGAAUAUAAUCACCAAACUAACAGACAUGACUGCUUUUAAAAAAGUGUCAGCAUCAUAUAAAAUGAAUCAGACCGCAGCUCUAAUUUUCCCCUACUCGGCACAAACAUGAUUAUUGCAGAAAGAGCUGUGGGCCAUCAAAGACUUUUACCAUGUCUCUCCUUCAUUAAAAAUAAACUAUAUUUAGAGUUUCCUCCCCGGGAUCAUUAAAUCUGCUUCAUUUUCCGUCCUGAAGCGACAAAACAAAGUUUUGGAUUCCAGGCUGACGACGUUCGAUCGUUUUUCUUCCUUUUUGUCUCCUGCUGAAUUUCAUUCACAGCCAAAAUCCCUGCUGACUGCUGACUGCGUACUCCACAGGGCAGUGAAGGUUUCCCUCUCCCCGUCAGCGAGAAGCGCUCCAAAUAGACUCCAAAGUAGAAAUUGAUUAGGGUAAUGCAGGCCUGUCUGGAGGGAGGGUGAGCGCUGGCAGAACGGCACUCUCAUUUGAUUAGAUUUGACAAACAGCCAAGCAGGUCGGUGCUAAAAGGAAUAACUCCCUAUAAACAGCAUAUAGAGAUAACAAAAGGAUAAUACAGGAGUCAAUGAGAAGGUCAGAUAAUGCCGAAUGUGACCAACAUCCUCACAGAGUAUUUAUAUCCCAGAUCUCCUCCUGUUGUUGCUUUAGUGUGAAAUUUCAGCCUCUGAAACGCAGAAUCAUGAAGUUGUGAUUUUGAGAUGAAUCCAGAUGGAGGAUCGUUUCAUAAAGGGGAAGAUUGAACUCCCAAAAAACCUGCCAGAGCCUUCAUUAAAGAUCUGUGAGAGUUUUAAGCUGAUCAUAAAACAGACUGUAAUCAACUCUGAUGCCUUUCCAUGACCUACGAAGGAAAUUCACACCGAAGCAUGAAAGAAACAGGAAAUAAUCUGAGAGAUUAAACAUAACAAAGCGCUCUUUAGAUGCCCGCCCGUUUUAUGAAAUGUAAACAAUUGCCCUCUGGAUGUCUGUCCAGUUGAAAACGCUGAAAAAGUGUUUAUUUUUAUUAUUAAUUAAUUAUUUAUUGAUGCCCCUUCAAAGGAUAAAAAGCUUGUUUUAGCAUUAACAGUAUGUUAAAUUUAGCUGCAAGCUUUUUUUUUUAGCCAAUUUUAAUUCUCUGAAAGUCCUUUUUUAAUUUAAGUGUAGUACUAGUUUAUUUUAUCAUUUAACUAACAUUAAUUUGACAUUUCGAAAAUAACCACAAUAAAAAUAACAGAUCAAAUCUCGCUAUAAUAUGAGCUUCAUGGGCUGUAGCAUCUUUUUUUUUUUUUUUAAACAAAAUAAUUUUCUUUUAAAUUUCAACAUCAAAAUGUCACAUAAUUUUCCACCACAGUGCAGGAAUUAAAUGUAGAUGCUUGAAAUUAGUAGAAUUACCUACUAUUACAUACUAGAACUACCUACUUAACAGUGCAAUAUUAUCUGUGAAGUGCAAUUUCAUGUGCAAUACGGCAAUUCGUACCUCAUUUAUCCCACUGACUUAUCCCCCAUUGCAUACGUUUACACUCUGAAAGCAGCACCUUGUAAAUAUUUCUUUUAUACUCUUUAUAUUUUUGUAUUUUUAUUCUGUUGAAUUCUGAUUGUGAGUUAUUUAUACUUCUUUGGGUCAAGCGUUUCAUCUCAUCCGGAGCAUUUCAUUGCACUGUCGACUAUGUUUAACCUGCAUAUGACAAAUAAACCAAUCUUCAAUCUUCAAUGUUCAAUCUUAGAAGCAGCUCUUCAUGACCUACUGGGGGGUCUCUUUACAUCUUUUGUCAAAAAUCACGUUUGGCCUGUUGAAUCUGUCUGAUAAUCUGAGUUUAUGCUCCUUAUUUUCUCUUUACUUAUGUGCGAAUCUGUACAAAUUGUUUCCGCUGAAUUUGACACAAGUAAACGGUAACGUUACUGCAAAUAUACGCGGAUCUGAGAGACUUGCAGAUCGCCCAUUCAUCAGAUUUAAUUCAUGCGUAAAGUGUCUUAAUUUCCUGUGGUAAAAGCCUCUUAAAUACAGAGGAUCACAGUUAAUCCACUAUCAGUCUGGGUCGCAUUGAGUUGUUGACUCUCUGUGAUUUGUGCUCUAUGAUACUUGUUUGAUGUAAAAUAAGAGUAAAGAGUAAAUUUAAGCAAAAUCAUGAUUUUCAGAGUUUAAGAACAGAACAAACAGCAGAUGCUGCUGCUGAUGAUGAUGAAGCUUUUCUCCUGGUUUUAGAUGAGGGGAUCUCAGGGCUGGAAGUGAGUUUAUGAUGAAGGAGUUUUGAAUCCCUGAACCAUCUGGGAAAAUCUGUUGAAGAGAUGUAAAUCACUCAAAGAUCUUUUAUUUCUGCAGGCAAUAUUAAAUAAGCAAAAAUAUCUGAGAGAGAGAGAUCAGCGAGCGAGAACGAAUUGUCAAAUCGGCGCAAACAACCAAAGGGAUCAGGGCUAAUGAACUGGAUCCGUGCCUCUAAUUUAGGAUUAGCUGUGACUCUGGGAUUAAAGUCUCUGUGCUAACAACUCCUCACAAUGAUUCCAGAAAAAAACGCGCUCAGAGUAAAACACACCAAGUCUUCUGAAUCUCUGUGGAGGAAUACGUGAAAAGGACAAAGCAGAAAAGUGCGGGAGGGGAUUAGAGAGGCAGGUGAAGAGGUGAGAGGGGAGAGGAAAUGAGGAAAGGGAGCAGAGAGGACGAGAAUAGGAAGAAGGUCAGAGCAGUUAAGACGCAGCGGAGAAGCCGAAGUUGCUGAAGUAAAAGUGAAAGGGUUUGUUGAAGCUGUUUACACAAAGUAUUUGAUUUAUUUUCUUCUAUUUUCUUCAGCUUCCAAAACGAUGGACAGAAAAUUAACCGAGGGGGAUCUCUGGAAUCCACUACCACCAUGUUCCACAUCUCCAAGGACGGCGUCCCCGUUAGGUUGAUUCCCGAGGCGAUAUGGAGGAGAGCAAGCUCAUCUUCAGCCUGGACCGCCAUGAUGAAGGUCCCAUCGUGGCCUUCUCCAAGGAUAAACCGCCAGGCAGGGAGAGCCAGCCCGACCUCACACUGGGAAUGGAGCUGGAUCUCAGCACUGGCCGCCGCUCUCACCUGCCACUCCUGCCCCACUCCCCUUCGUCCCCGGGUUCUCUGGCGGAUCUCUCUUCUGAAGUCCUCGUCUCCGGCAACCUCGUCAAAUCCUCCUCCACGGAUCUGGAGGUGGGUGAGACCAGCUCCCUGCGAGGCAAACCUCUGCUCAGCCUGGUCAAGUCCCUGAGCACGGAGAUUUCCCGUCGGGUCGAGCCAGAGGUCAACCUCUCCAAGUCGGACUCAAAGCUGCAUUUGCAUCCCCGGAAGCAGCUUACUCACCCGAGGAUCCCUGAGGCCAAGCCUGAACCGGGAAGACAGAGUGAAGACGACGACUGGGGAUCACCUCCUUCCCCUGGCAGCGUGCCUCCUGCUGAACCCCGGGGCAGCUCUCUGAUUGCUGAUUUUGAGGACACACGGAGGAAGUUCUCUGAAGCCAUGCAGGAUCCUCUGAGCAUGCUGAGUAAGAUCAUGGGGGAUGAAAGCAGCCCAAAGCAAGGGAGGGCCGGGGACUCAACGGCCUCUCAAGGCAGCUGUGGAGGUGAGGAGAUGGAGCUGAAGUGCCGGAGAAGAACUGAUAGUGAUUCACCUCUGAGGAGACUCCAACAGAGCUCGUUUACGAAAUCCUCCACGACCCCAGAACACCACAGACACAGCAGAGACGGACAUUAUGAAAUCCACACUUACGAGGACAUGAUUCAGGUGGUGGAGCUCCAGAGUGGACCUCAUCACAGAGCUCACACCCAGUCCAGAGUCUCUUUUCCAACCCCGUCUCUGCCUUUCCACUGGCUCUUCCUUGUGGGUCUUUUAGCGUACGGUUUCUUUGUGCUGCCGCUGCCCUCUUAUAUGACAGGUAUGUCUGUGGGGGUCGCAUGUGGCUUCGUUUUGGGCCUGGUGGUGGUUUACAUGUUUGCCCCUCGGCGCUCGUCUGCCAGGAACAACAAGGGCUUUCGUUUUGGCAAAUCCAGACCCCUGAACAUGGACCAGCUGGAUGACGAGACCGCAAACCAAGGAUUUCUCGAGGUAUCUGGGAAACCAAAGCACUCUCAGUAACCACUUUUACAUGUGCAGAAUUUCUUGAUCCGAUUAGAAAUUUGAGGGACCGGAAAAUCUGAAUCCACUGUUUAUAUGGGUGCAAAAUCAAAUAAUCCGAUCAUGACGUAUGUUUACAUGCAAGUUUUAUUCAGAUUAGAAGCAUUUGGACAAGCGCAGAGUUGUAUUCCCACCUGUGCUGUCAAUAAACCAACAAACGCGGUAGUGGCUCACUCCUAGCGCUAACUGAUCCGUCCUGGAAACCCGAUUUGUACAGCAUAUGUGCGAAAUGUAAGUCACUUCCUCCACUAGCCAUCUUUGCGACAGCUUCAGCAUCAGCGAGCUCGCCACGGUCAGAAUGGACACUUCAGUUUAUCGAUGCUUCAGUUUAUCACCAGCUACACGCUUCUCUCCUGAACAGAUAUACCCAUGACUGAAGCAGAGCGCCAGAAAGAGCGCCAGUUUUACAAUUAAAGGUUCCUACUCUCUGUAAAAUUGCAACGUAGUUAUAAAAGGAUUGAAUGAAUGUGAAUAUUUCAGUGUUAAAAUUGUGGUAAAUUUUGGCCGGGUGGUGGCGCUAUCUGUGGCACAAAAGGUCUCACCAUGCUGGGCAGGAGUUCUGGCGAAUGCCUUGGCAUUAGCUCUGGAGCCUCCUGCUAGCUAGCCCGUCAGAUCGCCAGCUUGUUUCUGAAUCGAUCGGUAGUUUAAAUAAAGUUUUUAAGGUGAAGGAAAUUUGCACUUGCGCAGAACGGAUCGGGUAGGUAGCGACUCACUGCCGUAAAAUACAUUAAAAUGCAAGAGAGGAAGUGAUGUUCUCGCCGAUUGAGCCAAAUUGGAUCAGAAUCUUCCGGUCGACAUGUUUACAUGAUGCAUUUUUAUUCUGAUUAUUUGUGCCCAUGUAAACGCAGCUACUUAAACUGAUCCUGAUUUUGCUGCAGGGGAAUCAGUUACAAGCUCUAAUGUUUGUUUAGCACGGUGAGUGAUAAAACCGAAAACUGCAUGAGAGAGCACUUAAAAUAGAGCUUUGAUUCGUGUUUUAUGGAGCCGCUGACUUUGAAAGACAGCACUCAAGACAGCUGACUCUGUAAACGCAGAGUCAGCAGGUUCAAAGAAGGUAAACUUUAUGAGGACAGAGGAAUUACAAACCGCAGGCUCUCCCACAGUGUCAAAUGAGACAGAUGUAUCCUGCCAUGUCUCAUGUUUCCCCUCCUGCUGAGCCGGGUCGUCACCGUUUGCAGCACUCACUGUGGAUUCCUUCUGCUGAAAAACACUCAGAUGGGAAAAUUUAUUUGUGACUGUCUUUGCAGGUUUUGACACCUCUCUGUUGUUGUUGUUGUUGUUUCCAGGGCUGGAUGAAUGAAACACACAUCUAUGACGCUGAGAGUUUCCACCCCUCCAUGCUCCACUCGGUGUUUGCGUCCCUCGAGGGAAGCCGGCUACGCCUUGCAUACCCACCUGCCAACAUCCCUCGCUGGGCAUCCUUCGACGAACCGUCGCAUGAGGCCGUGUUUCUGCGCACAUGCACUUACCAGCUGGGGAACUGUAAGGUCAGUGCAUCUGUGGACGAAAAUAUUCUCAUUCUGGGUCCCAGCGGGGGAGUCGGUGACCUCUCACCUGAACUCUCAUCUCUCCACACCCACAUUGUCAUCUAAAACGGGGGUGAAAGACCAGGAGGAGUGCUGCUGGAGUGAUGAUGUGCUGGAUAAACUUGACCCGGGUGCCGCCCAGGUGUAUAUUGAUGCAUUAGACUAACGCUGACGUGUCGGCUAACUUUGGUUAAUCAUCACUUUCUUAUAAUGCAAUUACAUGAAAGCUGCACAGUGUCCAACUUGCAAAAACAUUGAAUCACUGGCAGUAUUUUGGCACCAGACUUGAGUCAAGCAAAAUAUGUAAAAAGGUCAUUUUAAGCGAGGAGUUGCUGCAAACUUGCAACCAUAUAUAAACCAUAAAUCACAUUAAAAGCCAGUGAUAUAUUUCAUAUGUAUGUUGAGGACUGUCCAGAGCUGGGAGGUUAGAGGAAACAUGAAUAAAUGUCGAUGAAAACAGAGAAAACUCAUUUUAAAUUGGGACAAGAAGAGUCAAGAUUUCAAUGAAGAGAAGUCACGCUGCACUGACACUUGCGUUUGAUCAAUUGUCCUUGUCGUAGGUGUCUCUGUUGCCGCCUGGUUUGGCUCGUAAGCGGGUUUGGAACAAGAAAUACCCGAUCUGCAUAAAUCUCGCCGAGGGGGAGGUCGGGGAGGAGAGUGUCGUGGAAGGACAGGGGGAAGAGGAAGAAAGGAAGGAGACGUACUCCGUCCUCGACAACAGGCUGCCUGUCACCCUGUACCUGUUCGGCCGCACGGGGAGAGAGAAGGAGGAGUGGUUUCAGCACCUCCUGUCUGCAUCCCGGGUGGGAGCGAAGAGCAGUGUGAGCGGGGAGGAGAGCACAGGUGAGAGAAUCAUAGAUGUACAAACCGGUUUACCUGCAAAGUUUGUUGAUAAUCCUGCAAAUAUUCUACUAUUUCUAUUUUCUUUGCAUGCAGACACGCUGUCCGGUGGUGACGCUAUCAAAGAAAUCACAGAAGAGCUGCACGACUUGGCGGGAACCACGAAAACGAGAUCGCUUUUGGACUACAGCAACUAUAUGACCCAGCUGAUUUUAACACAGAGCUGCAACCCCAUCCCCAGCCCCUGUGACAGUGACAAGGAAAGCCCUACAAUCCACAAGAAGGCCAGUUACUUACACUUUAAUUCAGCAUCGUACUAUGUUGUGACUACGCUGACCUGAAUUUUAGUCACUGUCUGGGUGCGGGAGUGAGGUGUUUUUGACGCGCUUCUAGUACAAUCCAACGUCCAAUCCAAGAUUGUUGUUGAAUUAUAUUUUUGCCAUUUAUUGAUUAAAUGAAAAACGAACAAAAAAAGACAGACACGUCCAAAAUACGACGAUGGUGAUGAGGGUGAGAGUGGUGUCAGAGAUUAGCGUGUGCCCUUUCCGUUCCCCAGAUCACUGCUUCACCUGUGUCCCUUUUGUAGCAUUUACCUGCCCGUUCACCUGAAGUGCCCCUUGUGGUGAUUGUACGAAUAACAAAACAAAAAACUCAAAAAAAAUGAUAUAGAUAAAAUGUCUCAUACAUACUAGUUAAAAACUGAUAAAUGCAUCAAACCAAAUUUUAGUUUUUUUAACAGUCGGCAGAAUAAUACAUGAUAGUGUCGUCUGCAUAAAGAUUGAUAUUACAGUCACUAAUGAAGAAGAAAAUGUCUUUUAUAUAGAUUGUAAAAAGAAACAGGUCCCGGAACUGAUCCCUGAGGAACCCCUUUAGUAAAUGGUAAAAACUCUUGUUGAAAAUUACAAGCAAGACAGACUGGAACUGAUCAGAAAGACAAAUCUGGAAUCAUUUGCACCUGAUGUAAAUAUUUCAAAUGAUUACGGUGCAAAAAGCUAAACCCUUUUCCUCGUUUCUGCUCAAGUAUUCAAGACAAAAAGUAUAAAAAAGUCUGCGAUAAAAACACAAAGAUGAUAAGCCAAGAAUCGCUUUGUUAACCCCCUUAGUACAGCUCACAAUGAAGAGAGUUUUACAGUUUGUAAUGAUCAUUCAAACUGUAACGAUCAUUCCCACAUAUGUAAGAGAUAGAGACUUCUGAUUUGGCGCGAAAAAAGAUGGCAGCAUCGGAGAACACGCUUCCAACCCUAGAGAUAAAAAUUAGCGACUAGUGCGAAAGUUAACAAGGUGAGGGCUUGGAAAGAUUAUGAUGCAUAUGUAAGUGAUAACCACAGUCCAGGAAAGGUCAAAAGAAGACCAUAAUCAACAGUAUCGAUAGCUUUUGACGGAUCAGUACAAGUAUUAGCACAGAUCCAUUAUGAGGUUUUUGCUGAAUCCUUUUCCAUCGUUUGCCGAUACAGGAGCUCGUCUUUGCUCUACUUACCCUCUGCAUGCUGUGCUAGUGCUCUACAUUACUCCCAUUGAUUACAGCUGGUCAAUAUCAGCUGCUGUUCCUCUCUUAUGCUGGCUCAGCAUGGAUAUCAAUAUGCAGGAAUAUACGGUUUCACCAUCCUGGAAUAGGAACUGACUAGUACACCACAAAUGUACCUUACAGAUCUGCUAAUCCUGGUCUGUGCUGUUUGUAAUUGACACCACUAUAUCCCUUAAAAUACCUUCAAUCUCCUACAGGUUCAAAGUGAAGAUCCUGGAUCUGCGGGUCAAACUGGAGCCGAGCCCAGUGCAAGUUCAGGGACAGGAGCGUGCUCUGCAGAGGCCCAGUCCACCUGGGUUAACUCCCUGGUGGGUCGGAUCUUCUGGGACUUUCUGCGGGAGAAGUACUGGACUGAUCAGGUGGCGCACAAGAUCCAGAAGAAACUCAGCAAGAUCAAGGUGAGAGGAAGAGAGAGAGAGAGAGGAGGGUGAAUUAAGUUUGAAAGAUCUGCUUGACUGAUGCCCCCGUUGAUGCUUUUUAUGGUCACAUUUAUCUUCACGAUCAUCAGCAGCAGAAUCACGGUGUCACGCUGAGUUAUGACAGGAUGACAGGACAAUAACAUCAGCGCUGGUUUGAGCGCAAGGUCAAAAGAUGGGACAUUAAGCACACGAGCACUGCAGCUCUGUUUCCUGAGUGUGUGUGUUUGUGUGUAUCUGACAGUCUGCUGAUAAUGCACUCUCUCCAAGUCCUCGGGCAGGAGGUGAGAGAGGGGAGAAAAACACUGAUGGCACCGCAGCAUCCCAUUACUCAUUUCCUGCUCUCCUCUUCGACACACACCAUCGUUUUAACUUUCCUCGCUCGCCUCUUUGUCCUUAGCUCUGCGAAUUUCCUCUGUUUACUGUCUCAUUCAGAGUCAUCAGCUGCCUCUGUGUUUACUUUACAUAGAUUUAAUUAAGAUACUCCUAUAUCCAUCAUGACCGCAGAGUGUUUACUAAUUAAAAAUGUUGUUUGUCCUCUUGUAGUUGCCGUAUUUCAUGAACGAGCUGACUCUGGCUGAUCUGGACAUGGGCAGCUGCCUACCUCAGGUCCUCAGCACCUCCAAACCGACCCUGGACCGCAGAGGUACGCCUGUGUGUGUUUGUUAUUUCCCUCCAUACUGUUUUUGAUGAUUACUUUUUCAAUGAUAAGUGAUAUCAAAGCAGUUUUUGGCUGUUGUAAGUCAGCCCAGAUCUCCAGACUGAAACAUAACAACAAUAGAGGAUGGCAGAGGUAGUGUAGCGUUAAGUCCUAUUAUUUGAAAUAAAUUUUAGGUCUUUUGGUCACAUGACAUGGAAGCAAGUGAAAAAAAUGUUCAAAAUUUGCCUUUAAAUUUUAUGCAAAAAUUUUUUAGAGGACAAAUUAGGGAAAUAAAAAAGGUGUGUCUUAUUGGUCGACAUAAGUAUUAUUAUUCGAAAUCAGUUUUAGGUCAAUUGGUCACAUGACAUGGAAGCUAUUGAAGGAAAACAGCCUUUUCUGAGAACAUCAACCGGUAAUUUAUUGAUGGUCCCUUAUUUAACACCCGACGUUGACAGCGAGGGUGCUGAGUUGAUUUAACUGCGCUGCUGUUGCUAUUCCCGGUUAAAGAGAGUGAGAAGACACCGGUAGAUCUGCAGUGAAUGUCCGUCCAACCUAAAACCAACUUCACCGUAUUUACAUGAAAAACAUUUGUUGCCUUGGCUAACUUUUUUUUAUGCGAACAUGUCCCUAAAUACAUUUUACAAUUCGCACACAUCUAUUUGGCAAAUGCGAGUGAAAUGGUUGCACUGUCAAGCCCUGCUUAACAACCUGUAAACAGACAAAUUACUACAUAAAACACUCCAUAUAAGCUCAGUCAUGCCCCGUAUUGUGCAAAAAUAAUAAUAAAUCAUGUCUGCUUAGGGCCUCUGUAGAAUCAGCAUAAUGUCCUCCUUUUAUUUGCUGUAAAGACGGAUCAUUUAACACAGAUUUCAGUAGAGUUUCCCAGGCUUUUGCAACCUGCCUCUAGUGGACACUUGUGGAACUGCACUUUGCGUCUAUGCCUCUGCAUUGGCUUCAUUUUUUUCAAACUCCAGAGAUUGCCACUCAGCUUGAUUCAGUGAACUUAAUUUAUCCACAGAAGGAAAUUAAAAGAGGAAGUAUUAAGUAAAGAUACAAACAGUCGAUGCCAUAACCUCACAGACACCUCAUGUCCACUAGCUUGGUUGCACGUUGAAGACACACUGAACAGGGACAGUCCUCACAGUUUGUACUCAGAUCUCUUCUCUCAGACUCGCUCAGCCCAUGAUCCCAUGUGUUCCAUCAAAGAGUUGGUGGACCCGCCCUACGAGCUCUCCAUUGUCUCCUCCCUCGGGGGAUUAGAAAUCCUCUUGACUUGACUCAACUGAUGAUGACAUGCCCGAGCUUUCCCUGUUUGUCCCGCGUGUUUGCUGGAACGGCAUCAGCGCGAGUCCAGAGACGUUUAAGACUCCUAACUAAAACUCUUCCUACAGAUCCAAGUCUCUAAAGCGCCUCCCUCUGUCCUCAGGCCUGUGGCUGGAACUGGAGGUGAUGUACACGGGCUGUCUGCAGAUGACCCUGGAGACGAAGAUGAACCUGUAUAAGCUGGGUAAAGAUGGCGAGGACAAGGCUCACAGUGUACCGGAGAUGCAGCAAGUGGGGUCAGGAUUGUUUUAUUCUCCUCAACGGUCUUAAACACUCAGGGAAAGUUUGUACUGAACAGACCUCCUGUUGGGUUUUUACAGCUCUAAGCCCAGGCUGUGUAUUCUGGCUGAUAGUGAUGAAGAGUCCUCCAGCGCCGGCUCGUCUGAUGAAGAGGAGGUUCUUCUGUCUGAGACACAGGGGUCUCUAGGAGAUAAGAGUGCUGCAGUUACAGCUGAAGGGUAAAUUUAAUAACACGAGUCAUUGAACCAUUCGACCACAUGUGCUGAUUUGUGUCCCCUCUCUCCUCCUUUAGUCACACUGGCGGCAGCACAAGCAGAAAAAUCUUGAGAUUUGUCGACAAAAUAGCAAAAUCAAAGUACUUUCAAAAAGCCACGGAGAACGAGUACAUCAGGAAGAAGAUCGCUGAGGUGUCCAACAUGCCUCUGAUGCUCAGCGUGGAGGUCCUGGAGCUGUCCGGUACUCUGGCUGUCAACAUCCCGCCUCCUCCUACAGACAGGAUAUGGUACCAAGUUUCUCUUUCUGUCAUUUCCAACCAUCAUUUUACACUUCUUUCUUCCUAACUGAGUCUAUUUCUCUCCUUUAGGUACAGUUUCCGGGUGCCUCCGAGGUUAGACCUCCAUGUGCGUCCCACGCUCGGAGAGAGGGAGGUCACCUUCACUCAUGUGACCGAGUGGAUUGAGAAGAAGCUGCAGUGUGAGUUCCAGGUGAGUCUGUCUGUCAAACAUCAUCUUUAAUGCUAAAAACUUUGAACGUUGCUCUUUUUUAAAAAGUUUUUAUAUGUGUUAAAGGGAUAUUCCGGGGUAAAAUUAAUUUAGGGUCAAAACACACUGUAACAAAUAGAGAAACAGGUUCGAGUCUUGAAUUGGAUAGCAUAUGAUCAAGAAUUUGAACCUGCAAGAUUAGACGGGGGGCUUUAAACAUCCACAUCCUUUUGUAUCCUCAUCUCAGACUGUGGAUUUCAGAGUUAUGAGUCAGGACUUCCAUAGAUACCUGCAAGUCAGAGACUAUUAUAAUAAAAAAUUACAAUUCAAGGAGGAGAAGGAAUACAAUUUAAUGUCCACAUUUCAUGAGGCAUAUAAAAAGAAAGAUAAUAAAAAGUUGGUCUCAAGAAUAUACAAAAGUAUACAAGCCUCUGAAAAUUAUUCUACGUUAUCCAUUAAACAAAAAUGACAAGCGACCGCUGCAAAUUCAAGAUCUUUAAGAGAGUCCGAUACAACUCACCUACCCUCUUCCAGCAGCUGCUUGUCUGUAGCGGGACAGCAUGCCAGUUGCAGCUCAAGGAAGAACAUUUAUGAUUAUUACUUUAUCGUUUCCUUGAAGUAAUAAUCACCAUAUUAAUCAUUUUGCUCUGCAGACUUGGUAGUUCUUCUGCUUUAGCGUCUCGGUCUGAUUGUAUUUCCAUGAGGAAAUUACCAUAAAUGUUCUUCCUUGAGCUGCGGCACCCCGCUGUAGUCCGUAAUGGACUUGCGUGAGGUCUCGCUACAAACAAGUGGCUGCUGGAAGAGAGUAGGUGAGUUGUGUUUAGUCUCUUUGCGAAAGAAAUUAGGCACAGCUAAAAAGAUGUUUGGUGACUAGUACUAUGUCUGGGACCCUAUAUGUCCUGUUGAUGAAGUUAGGUGCUGUUCUGAGCAUUAUUUGUGACUAUAGAGUGCAAUUUGGUUGAGUGCUUGGCUCUCUGUAUUGCUAUCCUGUGGUCGUUACUAAAGUUGGUAUAACUAGAUAAGCAAGCGGUCGGCAACAUUCAUCUCUCAACAGGGUGUCUAAGUUAAUUUUACGCCGGAAUAUCCCUUUAACUUAAAAAAAAAACAACACCCUGACUCUGACUCUGACUCUGACUUUGGUGAAAAUUUCCCGCCCUCUGCUCUGAGACAGAAAGUGUUCGUCAUGCCAAACAUGGAUGAUCUUUAUCUGCCCCUGAUGACAUCUGGCCUCGACAACCCGACUGUGUCCCACCAAUCCUCCAUGCAGUCCUCGUCCCACCAAUCCUCCAUGGAGUCCCAGGAGUACCUGUCUGAGUAG